GCCUGCUGAGGAAAACAAGAACUCUCUCAAGCUGCAGCUUCUCAGAGUGGAAGACAAAAAGGGCUCUGCAGUCAGAAAGCAGAGACAAAGAGAACAGCGCUGGCACUUAGGAACAAAGCGAAAGGCGCAGUCGGAGGAAAGCGGUGAUGGAGGACCUGACCGUCUACCACGGGCCCAUUGGCAAGGAGGAGGGCGAGAGGCGGCUGGGCCAGGACGGGAGAGACGGGUGUUACUUAGUACGUGACAGCGACUCGGUGCCGGGCGUCUUCUGCCUGUGUGUGUUGUGCAAAGGAUUCGUCUACACGUACAGACUCCACAAGGACGAAGCGGGCUCGUGGGCUGCAGAAACCACUCCCGGUGUGCCGAAGCGGUAUUUCCGGCACAUCAAGAACCUGAUAGCAGCCUUCCAGAAGCGGGGACAGGGAAUCGCCAUGCCUCUGCUCUACCCCGUCACGGCUCAGAGCCGGGCGCGGACCGGUAAUGGCCUGUCGCCGACGCUGCCCAACAACAGCCCCUAUCUGCAGCAUCUGGCGAAGCCCGUCGCUCAGGAGCCGAAAAGCAGGAGCAAGAAGGAAGUGGCGCAAGCUUUCGGUUAGAGAGGGUCGGACCCAAACAGUGACUGAACACCAAACUUCAAACUUCUUAAAACUCAUUUCUUUCUGCCAGUUUUUCAUUUUUUUUUCUUCCCUCUGAAACAUUAAUAUCUAUUACUGCACACGAGUUUGACAAAAAAAAAAAAAAAUUAAAUUUAAAUAUUGUCAGUGGGCGGCGAAGAAAAUAAACGAUUUUGUCUGAAAGAAGCUCUCCUAAAUAAGGUCAUGCUCACACAGCCAAAGGCUCAGAGUGACAACAUAAUGUGGUGGGAGAGAAAUUCAAUAUGGCAUAUUGAAGUAGCGAUUUUCACGGAGAGAAUGCUGACUGCAAGAGGGCAGUGUGUGUGUGUGUGUGUGUGUGUGUGUGUGUGUGUGUGUGUGUGUGUGUCUGUGAAAUCAGUCACUUUUCUGACUGACAUCGAGAAAAAAUAUGAGUGGGGGACGUACAGGAGGGGAAGGUGAGAAAACGGGUAGAGCAUCCUCAGCCCAGACUGUUCUUCAGUGCAGCGGUCUCCUAGCAACCAAAGGACCCUCCAUCUUUUUUUCUUUUUCUCCUUCUUCACGCAGCAGAGAUGAGCUUGGACAGCAUCUAGUGGAGCAUAUGUUUCAGACGGGAAGAGGUUCGUCACAGUCGAUCAGCAACGUUGCAACUCAGAAACGUAUACAUCUCACCUGCUGGCAGUCAGAACAUAUGCAUUGUGUGUCUGCGCCGCCGUCCGCAGCCUACGGAGAGAGACGCGCGACAAUUAAUGCUUAGCAGAUGGCGAAGCGAUGGCAGGGAGGGAGGGAGAGAGAGGAGGAGUGGGGAGAGGGGAGGUGGAUUAGUGGUAGCUUUUUCUUUUCUUUUAGAAAAAAAAGGGAAAACUAACUUUUUUUUUUUUUUUUUACUUUCGCCUUUUUUUUCUUUUUUUUCACUUUCUUCUUCAGCUUGGAAGUGGUUUGCAGUCUGAUUGGCACUUCCUAAUGAGAGGAGACAAGCUGCAGCGAACAGCACAGCCAACUCCAGGUCCUGCCCCUUCUGCACUCACCGCCCACUCGCUGAGCCUCAGCUGUCACAUAUCUUUCCCUUCCUCUGUGCUUUUUUUUUCUUCUUCUUCCUUUCUCUCUCCUCCUCCUCCUCUUCCUCCUCCUUCUUCUUCGCUUCUGACAGACGCAGGUUUCCUUAUGCACACCUCGGUUUGAGCCGUAAUGAUGGCUGAUAGCGACAGCACAGAUUUGAAAGUUGCAACUUCCGAGAAGCGAGAACAAAGAAGGAGCCCGGCUAAAAAAAAAGAAAAAAAAAAAGAAGGAGAAGAAGAAGAA